UAAAAUAAAUACUUGUAAAAAUUCCUGUGAAGUUAUGCCGGCCUGACACCUUUUUAGCCCACUGUCAUAAGUGAUUUUAAUACAAGCAGCGUGGACAGCGUUUGCUUGUAAUCUCCAGGGUUUUGUUUUUAUGUGAGGCUUGUUUAGCGCUAAUUUGACAUUUUUUUGUGUGUUUUCGUAUGGGAUCAUUAGUAACCCUUUAAAAAGGCAGUGAUAUGAAGCGGUGUCCUGCAGUGGUUCGUUCCUGCUCGCCAUGGCUUGUCUUUGGAUUAUUUUGCUGUGGACGCUCGGCCCAACAGUCGAGGCGCAUAAUUCGGAAGUUGUGCAGCUGCUGAGCAGCAUUAAAACUCAAGAGCAUUUUAAUUAUAUAUUGCUAAUGAAAUAUCAAAAUGAUAAGUUUACGAAUGAUCUCAAUGAGGAGUUUGCCAAGAGUUUAAUGGAAAGCCUGCAAAUACCUGUUAUGCAGCUCGACGAGCGCGUUACCUACUUUUUGUACGAUAAACAAAGUAAUCUGAUACUGACUGUGGCACAUUUGACUGGAACGGAUUUCGAGCAGAAUAAAAGCCUUCUUAACGCACUGGUUAAAAACUUGAGAAUUAUGACCGUGUCUCGGGUGGUAUUCAUAGUGCAGCUGGAAGAAGCGAACGAAAUCUUUCUAUACAAAUUGUUCACCCACUGCUGGGAAAUGAGAUUGCUGAAUGUGUUGGCCAUAUUCGAGAACUACAAGAUAACAAACACCUUCUAUAGCUAUUCGCCAUUUCCCAGUUACCAUUUGGAGCAACGUCAAUACGAUCCCAACUCGAUCAUCUUUCCUGACCGUAUGCGUGAUCUUCACGGAUUUGGUGUGAAGGCAAUACUUGGUGGCGCCUCUCCGCGCAUCAUAUUGUAUUACGAUAAACAUGGAGAGAUCGUCUACAAGGGCACCUUGGGCCACUUCAUGGAGGUCUUUCAGCAGAAAUAUAAUUGCAUCAUUACGCAGCCGAUUCCUGCCAAGCCGAAUGACUUGCUUCCAUCAACGGAGCUGGUCGCCGCUGUGCGAAACGAAACUGUGGACAUCUCACUGGCCAUUACGUUCCCCGAAAGGUAUGAUAUGCUGGGGUACACCUAUCCGUACGAGCAACUGAAUUGGUGUGUGAUGCUGCCUGUGGAAGCGGAUAUACCACGCGCCGAGUAUUACAUCAACGUGUUUGAUCUGGAGGCAUUUUUGCUAACUCUGGCAACCAUGGUUGUCAUUUCUAUGACACUUUCAGUGGUUCUGAAGCACCAUGGCUAUACGGUGCAGAUAUACGAAUAUAUUUUGCAUGACAACUGCCUGAGAGGAGUUUUGGGACAAUCCUUUUAUCAGGUUCAUCGGGCCUCGUUACUGAUACGUGCAAUUUACAUGCACAUUUGUGUGCUGGGCAUUCUGGUGACUGCUUGGUACAAUUCCUACUUCUCGGCCUACGUGACCAGCAUACCUAAGGAGGCGCCCUUCCGCAGUUAUGAUGAUAUUUUGGCAUCUAAGUUGAAAGUGGCUGCCUGGAAGAGUGAGUAUGGGGAGCUCAUUGCACGUGCCAAGGAUUUGCGGAAGUACGAGCCCAUGUUCCUGGUCGAGCCCAGUUUCAGCAAGUUUAUACGCAUGCGUGAUACCUGGGAUACUUCGCAUGGCUUCAUGAUGCCAACAAGCAAAUGGGUUGUAAUAAACGCGCAACAGAACAUCUUCAGUCAGCCCAUGUUUCGGCUGCGUAACGAUUUCUGUUUCUUUAAUAAUAUUCCGCUCGUGUUUCCGGUGCAUGAGAACUCAAUUUAUAAGAAUCCCAUAGCCAGACUCAUCUUGCAGGUGACUGAUACGGGUCUCGUAGCGCAUUGGACAGCAAAUGGAUUCUGGGAACUGGUCGAAUCCGGUGAACUGCAAUUUUCGGAUCUCAGUCCACGCAGAAACUUUCAAUCCAUGCAGCUGCAGGAUCUGCAGUAUGUCUGGUGCGGCUACGCUUUUAUGGUCGUAUUCUCCUCAAUUGUUUUUCUUAUUGAAAUCUUCUCAAAUUGGUUGAAACUGAGACGCCAGCGUAGGUCUAUUUUAUAUUAAACUCCUA